AAGGAGUGCAGGCCGCGCCCGUGACGCCAUUUUGACAUUGUCAAUAGUCUGUCUCCCAUGUCCCAGCUGGGGUCAUUUUUUUUGCCAUCGAGGGAUAAGGGCAAGCCUAUAUUUAGUCUUAUUGCUUGGCUAGAAGACAGGACAGAGGAGCGUGGGUUAUGUCCAAGGGGUGCCCUGUGUUAGGGAGGCGGUACUGCAGAGGACCUAAGAUGGAGGAGCUAGGGCCGUGCUCGGUGUUUGUGACAGGGGCAGUGUCAUCAAAUUGGAGGGAGGACCAUCUGGAGACCUUUACAUUAUAGUGUUGCACCCCACUUUACAUAUAUCCGCAGUAUUAGGGGCGCCCCUUCGUGAAAUGAAGUGUUAGGAGCGCGCCACAAAGCGCAGUCAUUAACAAGGGCCCCAACAACUCAACCACCGAGCCUAAUGUGUGCGUCAGUACUACGUAAUAUGCAGAGAUUCUCUGACGUCAUCCCCACCAACCAAUUAGAACCUAUGCCAGGCCCAAGGGACUCUGCGCUGUGACACUCCGGCUGCUGCAAAGAACUACAAAUCCCAAGAUCCUAUUGGCUGGUUGGAGUGGAAGCCCAACAGCUGGAUGGACACAAGAUUAAUGCCCGCACAGGAUGGAUGAAGCCUGUGAACUAAAGAGUACGCCAGGCUAUUUCAACCCAGCGGAUCCUAAUGUCAAAAGCAAACCGAGCACGGGUGACAGGGGGAUUUUGGAACUACCAAAUGGGCGUAGCGUUCCGCUGAGCUCACCCACGCAGAGUGGUAAAUCGGGUUAUGGGCAGGAUCCCCCCUCCCACUACAUUCCUCUGCGCCGACUCCAGGAUCUGGCCUCCAUGAUAAACAUCGAAGGCAUGAAUGGAUCUCAAAACAUGGAGGCAAAUGGAUCACAACCAAAUCCGCAGCCCUAUUUUUUUACUACAAAUGAGCCCAGAGUUCACGCCAGUCGCCCGGAAUCCGCUCGUCAAUUUUCACAAGAGCUCACCGUGAAACCCAAAAAUGUAAAGAAUGGGAUGCAUCCUUAUGAUUCUUUUUGUCACAUUGAAAUGGAGGAGCCAAGUUAUGGUACAGAACAGUUGAAUUACAGUCUCUCUGGGCGAGGUCUCGAUGUGCCAGUGUAUGAACAGCCACCAGUGGAGCAAAGUAUUCCGCCUAUUGGGGAGAAUCAAUCUAAAAUAAACGCUACGCCUCAGUUUGGAUCAGAAUUAGAGGAUUUAGUUCCACUUGGUUGGACUAGCAGCGGCGAGGACCCAAUGGAAACUGAAAAUUUAAACCACAAAACAUCUUUUUUAUCAAUGAUUCAUGACGCUGAAAUUCCAAACGGUGCACCCAUUAAUACUACUUCAGAAAAUGUAAUUCACGGGGAUUUGGAUCACAGUACAAUUUUACAAUUAGAUGGCAGGAUAACUGACCAAGGACUGCCGACCGUGGAACAUACUGAGGAUGAAUCAUUGUCUGUAGAAGAAGAACUAGAUGAUUUGGAAUCACAUAAUGAGCUAUCUCCAGAUCCAUCGAGAUUACAAUUUUUACCCAGAAGGAAAAAACCUGCUCCUGUAAGGUAUGAUGAGGGAGAUGUCGUCUGGGCCAAAUUCAGCCGACGCCCUUGGUGGCCAUGCAGAAUCUGUGCCAAUUCUGAGACCAAGGGAAAAUCCCAAAGAAAAGCAUUUAGCAAAAGGCCACCCCGGAAUUAUUUUGUUGAGACUCUGGGAGAGUUAACUGAGAAGAUCUGGGUUCCUGCAAAAGCACUUGUACCGUACAGGGGGGCACACCAAUUUGAGGGAUUACCAGAUUUACGGCAAACUCAAAAACAGGGAGACAAGUCUUUUAAGCAUAAGGUUCCCUUAAGACUUUUAUCUCUAUGGCAGUCCAGCAUAGAACAUGCCCAAGAUUGUCUCUCUAGAGGAACUGAGAAGUAUGAAAACAUAGAUGAUCUAGAGGAUAACCAGCAACAAGCAGAAUAUGACACAAAGAAAUCAAAUGGGCCAACUAACAAUUCACUCAAUGGAUUUGUGAAAUCUUCGUUAUAUAGUAUUGAGCUGGCAUCACGCACUGAAAAUGACUCAAAAAAACAACAUAGGCAUUUAAAGACUGUAAUACGUAGAAAAGAUGAAUUCUAUCUGUCUGAUGUUUCAUCUGAAGAUUCAAGGACAACAGAUGAACCGGUGUCUCCAGAAUUGUAUAGCAGGCAAAUUUGUAACUCAAAGUUUGCAAUGGCAUCAUCUCAAAAGGAGAGCUGUGUAUCCAAGCAGAGGUCUAAGGAGGUUUACAACACAAAUCAUGAAAAAAAAUUAAUGUUAUCUUCAAAGAAAUGGAAUAAAAAUGAAGAACUUCUAGAGCAUGGUUUGAGGUUGGAGAGAACAAAGUCUCAAACAGACAAUGAACAGGAAGAAUUAGAAAAAUCUUUAAUUGAACCAAGAGUUGAAACUGAACAGAAGGACUUAAGGCGGUGUCCUAAACAAAGUGUAAGCUCUGUACAGAAGGAGAGAUCUGCUGGCACGAAUAAAAACAGAAAGCGACUACGAAUUCAUUCUGAAUUAAGCCGUGCAAACAAGAGGCUGGUUGCAUCUUCAUUAGACUCUAGCAAAAAUGUUGAAUCUAGUAAGGAGUUUUCUCUUUGUAAAGACUGGGUUAGUGAAGAUUUGGGUGAUGGGCAGGGGCACAGUGCAGUUAAAAACAAAUGUGGUUCACCCCUUACUAUUGUCUCUUUAUCUGGCUCUUGUGAGAACUUGCAUAAUUCUUUAUUGGAAAACAAUGUCCCCAGCCCAGGUCACCAUCCAAUAAAAGAUGUACCCAAGUCACUGACUCCUGAAGGCAGAAACUGUUUAUUCCAUGAUUCCUUAUCCCAAAAAUCACAGUCUGAAAAUAUUCCAGAUUUGAAACUUGACCAAAGGUCCGUAAAGGCUUCUCUUAGUAAGACCAGACGUCCUGAAGCAAUGAAUCUGUUGAGUAACAUGCAUGAAAAGUCAUGUGAUUCAAUGAAGAAUGAGACAAAAGUAGUAAACCGUGUUAUAUCUGGUCUCAAAGAAUUGUCCUCCAGGUCUCAAAGUGAAGAUGGAGCAGAAAAUACAGUAUCCAAACCAUCAACGCCUUUGCUUUUUCCUUCAGCUCCAGGGCAAAAUCGAAUCCCUUUGGAACCAGAUUACAAAUUUAGCAACCUGCUAAUGAUGUUGAAAGACAUGCAUGAUAGUAAAACAAAGGAAAGGCCGCUAAUGACUGGACAAAACAUUGCAUUCAGCUGUAACCGCACUUCUGAAGACUCUGUCAAAAGUAGUCCUGAUGUCAUGCCUGAGUUAGGUGGUGUUUCUGGUAGCCCCACACACAACAAUGAAGUUGGUAUGGUGAAAGAAUGCAACCAGCAAGAUAAACUGGCUGCUAAAGGUCAAAAUAAGAUUAUCAGAAAGUCAAGUUCUAUUAAAAACUUCAAAUCCCAAAAAAAGCCACCCUUGAGGUCAAAAAGAAUGGCAAAGUAUAAAAAGGCCCAGAUUUCUUCAAAAAAAGUCAAUGCAUCUUCUGAUUGUACAGAACUAGCUACAAGUUCACACAAUACCUUAGUUCAGUCGCAGGGCGAAUGUCCUAAUAACAGCAUAACCCAUCCUUAUCAUUGCAGCACAAGUGAAGUUGGGGCAGGUUACCCAGUGGAAACAAGACCUGACUCUGAACAGAGCAAUGAAUGCUCUCGAUGGGAGUCCGAUAAAUGUGUUGCACCUAAAAAGAGGUGGCAGAAACUCAAACCCAGUGCCCCAGAAAGCAGCACAAACCUUUCAAAUAAGGCCUCUAACAAAUCUAGUUUGUGCAAGAAAGAAGAAGAUGUUUCAGAAGUGCCUAAACUGCUGCAGGAUCAUGAAGUUACUUUAGGAGAACCUGAGCUUUCCAGUAUAGUCGCACAGCCAGAAGCUCCAAAGAGAGGGGCAAAUUUUGGAAAGAAAUAUAAAAAAAGGAAGAGAUUUAACAGGCGUUCAAGUGAUCAUGUUAAGACAAGCACCCCCAAAAAUAACAAGCAGAAGAAGUUGGGUCUCUCUCUCCAGUUGGAAGUCGGCAAGCAAAAGAACAUCAAAUUAAACCUCCCUGCUGCGGAUUUUGUGAGUGACAUUCGUAGUAAAGGCACAUCAUCUUCCCAGUUCCCCAAAAUGGCUGAGGGUUAUUCAACAGAGACCAAAAUUCCAGACGAAAAGAGGGAUUCCUCAGUGAAAGUGGAACAUGGUCUUGCUUCACCAGAGCAAUCUUUAUCAGAUGACUUUUUUGAACCAUCUAAUACAGCAGCACAAUAUCAAGUCAAUCCAGUUCGAGAAAACAGGCGCAAGAGCAAACUGAUACCGAGGGUGUGUGAAUUUGAUGACCUUGACGAACAACUUGGGCUUUUGGAGGAAGAUCCAGUACCUCCUGCUAAGAUUGCCAAGACUACUUCAUUCAAGCAAAGUGUCCUAAAGUCAUCUUUCAGGUACAGAGCAGCAUCCAGAAGACUCCCAGAGAAUCGGAGAAGGCGUAAGAGGAUUCGACUUGCGGGGAAGUUCAAGAAGAAGAGGAACCUGAUUUCCCAACAGACUUCCUACUCUGGGGAAGAGCCUCAUGAGAAUGGUGUUGCCAGCUAUAGUGACACUGCUGAGGAGGGACUGGAACAUGAGCUCACAGGAGCCUACUCGAGGAAGAAUCAAGCUGAACGUAGUGGUGGGGGAGCAGCAAUGAAAGAAAAUGUAUGCCAGGUGUGUGAGAAACCUGGAGAACUGCUUCUGUGUGAGGCCCAGUGCUGUGGAGCAUUUCAUUUGCAAUGUCUUGGCAUGGAAGCCAUGCCUCAGGGAAAAUUUGUCUGCACAGAGUGCUCCUCGGGCUGUCACACCUGCUUUGUUUGCAAGGAAUUAGACCAAGGAGUGAAGCGCUGCAUGCUGCCCCUUUGUGGCAAGUAUUAUCAUGAAGAAUGUGCCCUGAAAUACCCUCCUACAACUCAACAAAACCGAGGCCUCCGCUGUUCUCUUCAUAUCUGUUCAACAUGUUACGCCACCAAUCCAAGCAACCCCUCUGCAUCCAAAGGUCGUCUGAUGAGAUGUGUGCGCUGCCCAGUUGCAUACCAUGCAAAUGAUUUCUGCCUGCCAGCAGGAACAGUUUCAUUGGCUUCCAACAGUAUUAUUUGCCCCAACCACUUCACCCCAAGGCGUGGAUGCAAGAACCACGAGCACAUAAAUGUCAGUUGGUGUUUUGUAUGCUCAGAAGGUGGAAGCCUCCUUUGCUGUGAAUCCUGUCCUGCCGCUUUUCACAGAGAAUGUCUAAGCAUUGAUAUGCCAGAGGGAAACUGGUUCUGUAAUGACUGCAUAGCUGGCAAAAAGCCACAUUACAAAGAAGUGGUGUGGGUGAAGGUGGGGAGAUACAGGUGGUGGCCAGCAGAGGUUUGUCACCCAAAAUCUAUUCCAGCUAACAUCCAGAAGAUGAAGCAUGACAUUGGCGAAUUCCCAGUUGUCUUUUUUGGUUCCAAAGACUUUUUGUGGACACACCAGGCCAGAGUGUUCCCAUACAUGGAAGGAGAUGCUCUCAACAAAGACAAAAUGAGCAAGGGAAUGGAUGCUGUGUACAAAAAGGGGCUGAUGGAAGCUGCAGAGAGGUUUGAAGAAUUACAGGCCCAGAAAGAAAUGAGACAGUUGCAGGAAGAUAAAAAGAAUGACAAGAAACCUCCACCAUAUAAACACAUAAAGGUCAACAGGCCGAUUGGAAAAGUUCAGAUUUUGACUGCAGAUCUUUCCGAAUUUCCUCGUUGCAACUGCAAGGCCACUGAUGAAAACCCUUGUGGGCAGGAUUCCGAGUGCAUCAACCGCAUGCUGCUUUAUGAGUGCCAUCCUUCAGUGUGCCCAGCAGGGGAGCGCUGUCAGAAUCAAGAUUUCUCCAAGCGUCAGUACCCAGAAGUUGAAAUUUUUCGAACUCUGAGUCGUGGAUGGGGGCUGCGGUGUAGGACCGACAUUAAAAAGGGAGGGUUUGUUAAUGAAUAUGUGGGUGAAAUGAUUGAUGAAGAGGAGUGCCGUGCCCGGAUCCGUUAUGCCCAAGAGCAUGACAUCACAAACUUCUACAUGCUUACACUAGAUAAGGACCGUGUGAUUGAUGCGGGGCCUAAAGGUAACUUUGCACGUUUUAUGAAUCACUGCUGCCAGCCGAACUGCGAGACUCAGAAAUGGACUGUGAAUGGUGAUACACGAGUUGGGCUCUUUGCUCUGUGUGAUAUCAAAGCAGGGGUAGAGCUAACGUUUAACUACAACUUGGAAUGUCUUGGGAAUGGAAAGACUGUUUGCAAAUGUGGAGCACCAAACUGCAGUGGAUUCCUCGGAGUGCGCCCCAAGAAUCAACCAGUGUCAUCUGAGGACAAGGGUAAAAAGCGGAAGCAAUAUGUGAAACGUAAAAAAAGUGUGGUAGUCAAAGAACACGAAGAUGAGUGUUUCAGCUGUGGAGAUGGAGGACAGCUUGUAUCUUGCAAGAAACCAGGUUGCCCUAAAGUAUACCACGCAGAUUGCUUGAACUUAACCCGUCGGCCAGCUGGUAAGUGGGAGUGUCCUUGGCAUCAGUGUGACAUCUGUCACAAGGAAGCUGCUUCUUUAUGUGAGAUGUGCCCAAGCUCCUUUUGCAAGCAGCACCGUGAAGGCAUGCUCUUCAUCUCUAAGCUUGAUGGGCGGUUAUCCUGCACAGAGCAUGACCCCUGUGGUCCUCAUCCCUUAGAGCCAGGAGAAAUUAGGGAGUAUGACUCCUCUAAUGAGCAGAAUGAUUCUGCUGGCCCUUCACGUCCAAAGAAACAAAGACUGGACAGUGCAAAGGAGAAAACAUCUACCAAUUCACACAAAAAAAAAGUUUCACUGAACGAGGUGUUGCCUGCAACAGCUGGUUCCCCAUCUGAUGGAAAUGUGGUUGAAGCCCUUGAGCAAAACCCAAAACACGAUCGCAAGGAAAAUUUGGGGUCUGUUGAGCAAAAACCAUUGUCUGCUGGAAAAAUACUCCUUGCCUCUGCUGACCAGAAGUGUACCAGUGGCAGUAAGUUAUUACUUGCCUCAGCAAUUCCGAAAUCAUUGCCUGCUGGGAAGGUGAUCUUGACCUCCUUGGGGAAGAAAUCAUUGCCUGCUGGGAAGGUAUUGUUGGCUUCCAUUGGAAAGAAGCACCUCUCUGCUGGGAAAGUUCUGCUGACCUCUGUUGGGAAGAAUUCUCCAUCUGUUGGUAGGAUGCUUCUAUCCACAGCAGGGAAGCAUUCGGUACAAGCAGGAAAGGUUUUGUUAGCAUCAACUGGAAAAUAUACAACUGCAGGUAAAGUUCUGUUGGCCUCUGCUGCCAACCAGCACGCAUCUGCAGAAAUAAAUCAUUUGGCUGUAAACAUGGCAGAUAAACAGAAUGAUGUUACAGAGACACAAAAUUCAUCAGACCCUGAUACUAAACAUCACAUAACUAAAAAGCCACUUAAUAACCCAUCUAAAGAUAAGUUAAAUAAUACUUUGGAGCAACCAUUGACUCAAAACCACACAACUGAGAUUCAGAAACCUAGAGGUCUUUGCCAAAAAGAAAGACUUUGUAUUCCAUCCCGCACAGGAAGACCUAAAGGUCAGCAUGUUAAACCAGACACUGAAGUUCUUCCUAAGACCCAUUUAAAGAGGUCAACCUUGCCAACCUCUCGAAACUCCAUGACUGCACAUAAAGAGAGGUUUCAGACCAAAAAGGAAGGAACCAGCCAGCUAGAGAACCAUGCAGCUCCAAUAAAAAAAUCUUGUUCUCUAACUAUAAAGGAUAAGCCCAAUGCAUCAAGUGAGAGGUCUUCAUCUAUAAUAGAAUCCCCUUCUAUCCCAGAACCUCUAGAGAACUCUUCGGGCACUAGAGAAAUACGUUGUACAGUUAACUCUUCAGAAAAAACAGUUGGCACUUCAGAAAAGUCACUCAGCGCUGUUGCACAAGAGAAGACUAGUUCCACUGAACCAAACUUUUCUUCAAAUUGCCAGUCACCAUUACUGUCCAGUCUUUGUCAGAGUGCUUCCAGGUGCAAAGAAAAGUAAUUUCUGUGUGAAAUCACUAGGGGAUUAUGCUGCACAUAGUAUUCUGAGAAUGAAGAACUCUUGUGGAAUAGUUAAACAAUGUUUCUGAUUGGCUGCCAUAUUUGUAAUCAUGUAUGUUAACAAGGACCCAUCUUGUUAAAGAAAACAAAAAUGAUAUCGAAGUGGUGAUUAUAUUAAGAACCACCUUUUAAGACAAGUUGACUGUUGCAUUCCUUCAAAUUCAUUUUGCAGCAAUCCCCAAAACCCCCUUUUAUAGUAAAAGGGUUAAGAAGUAAGAUGACACUAUGGCCAAAGGCAGUAAAUUGGAUGCCGGCUGAACUCCCAUACCUCAUCUGUGAAUAUGUGUGCUGUCUGGUUAAUAUCACGGAAAUCUGCUUUAUGAUGUGAAAACAAUAAGGCGCUUCUGUAGACAAGUAGUCAAGCUCAGCUAAUCUUAGUACCAUAGUGAUGUCCAAUGGCAAAUAGAACAGAGGUGCCUUAUUCCAGUGAAAUGUAGUAGACUGUUGAGGAAGAACUUCAGGGAGCUUUUAUUUCAAGUGGGCAUUGCAUGACCUGAGUGAGUUUCUUGGAAUAGCGUUCUUCGGUUGUGCCUGGUAUCAUCCUGCUAGUUGCAAUUGCAUGCUUUGACUGGCCAGAAACAUUUAUGUAAUAAUUCUUCAAGCUUUUAUUUUUUUAUUACAUUGCCAAAAACCCCCAUGCAGUUCUUGCUCACAAACACUUUGCAGUUUGGUGCAGCAUAUAAGGCUUCAGAUGCCUUUUUGCAUCAUAUAGCCUCCUUCCAAUACAUCAGGCCUUCUCUAACUUCAAGUGGGAUGGGCUGGAUGCCACUUUAUUAAAAAUGUCGGUAACUGAUAUCUCCCAGCACUAUCCCCCCGCUCCACACACACACACACACACACACACUAGAUGGACAAUCCUUGCUAUAUGGUGCAUACAGUAGGGUUUAGAUAGUCCUCUUAUAUCUAGAAUGAAGCGGGCAAAGGGGAUGGAAACUCGCUAGAAAAGUUGUGAGUUUGGAAGCUGGAAAGAAAAUGUUAGGUAAGUAAGGUCUACUGUAGGGCUGCAGCCUACGAGUUGGAUAGGGAUCCUCUGACAUUUCUAGCUCCCAUAUAUGUCUGUGUUUGCUUUGAGAAUUGUAAAGUGUUUUCAGGUUUUUUUUUUCUGAACUACAAUUGACUUUACAGUCCAGAGUGGUCUGUGUUGUAAGGCACAGUUCAGCAUUUAUGCGGUGCUAAGCCAAGUGCUUUUAGGGAACGUUGUGUAAAUAAAGUCUAUAUUGUAUCUUAGUGGUACGGUUUGUCAUAAAUGGCCCUUACUCAGAUUUGAUGAGCUGAGAGUAGUAAGAGUUUAAUGGAUGUGUAUUCACAUAUAUCUUUAAAUGACCACCCCAGGCUACCAACCCUACCGCAGCACACAACUCCACACGUUACAAAUAAAUUCUGCCUUUGCUGAAUCUGAGCAUUCUUACGCUGGGAAUCAUGGUGCUACAGGCAGCUGUGUGUAGUGUUUUACUGUAUUUAAUAUUUUUUUCUUUUAAACUAAAACCUUGUUGUGAAUCUUGGUGUUGGUGCCUGUACCAGUGCCUCAAUGAUGUGACCGAUCCAUUUGUGUUGACGUCUCCUGCCCUUUUUCCCCCCCCCCCUGGUCCUUGCACAGUAGUUAUGGAUUAGGAACUGAAAAGAAAGCUGGCAUUGAUUAGCUUGUCAUUAUUUUUAAUUGUUUUGUGUUAUUUUUUUUUUAAAUAAAUAAAAAAGAUUGAACACCACGUGAUUUUAGCCCUCAGUUGCACAUAAAGCAAUUGUCUUUUAACAGAUUGUGUAUUGCCCAACACUCAGCUGCAUCUUUCCUUCCUUGGGUUGGCAUAUACCCUGCUAACUAGUCCUCUUCUGACACCUGGAAUAUAGUCACUGCCUGUUCCUCCUUCAAGUCGACACUUUUGUCUUGCUCCCUGGCAUCUAGCUAGCAUUUCAUUACAUAGGUCUAAAAUGGCAUACUUAGUAGAAAACCCUCAUUGCUUGGGCCCUACCAACUGGACAUCUUAGGGAAUUAAGGCUGAAGUUGCAGGAAAUACGGAUGUAAGAUGUUGCUAUUCCUCUGUCCUUUACAGUCCCACCUAUUUGUUAUUGGCUUAGGGCAGACCUUUGUUUUUGCAUGUCUUUUACAAUGGGAAAUAAUGCUCACAGAUAAAGCAAUAGGAAAGAUCCUAUCUGUUAAACAUAGAACAACCAUUUGAGAUACUAAAGGCAUCAUCUUGCUUACUCACCACUGCCGAACUUUUUAAGUCAUGCUCCUCAAUGUUCUGAAUGAGUAGUAAACGCUGAGCAUCUGGAUACAAAGCACUUCUAUUUCUCUCCGUUUUACCGAAAGCGUAAAAUCUGCCCUGCAGACGGCACUGUUUUAUGGGUAAUGUGGACAGAAGGCCUAUACAUGACCUGGUGGCUCCUACACCUUCAUCACAUUCCACCUUGAUCAUGAAAUGUUGGUGCUACUUAAUUCUGGAACAGUGUAUUUGAUCCAUCAGACUGCCCCUAACAUGAGUGUGGCAUGUAAUACUGUAUGUCAUUCAAUGGAAGGAUCACAUCAUAUAUUUCUCACCUUUUUUUUUUUUUUUUGUUUAUUGUCCCUGUUUUCUUGCAUUUUCUGUCACUAAUGGAAGAGAUCUCUUGACUCUUCCAUGAAUAUGUACUGUAAUUCUUUGUAUAUAGAAGAAAAAUACUGUAAAGUUUAAAUUGA